CGCUGUUGUCUUUCCGUAGCAGCUGAGUUAGCUACAGCUAAACUGCGCCAGUAGCCAGUUGUGGGAUGUUGCUAGGUGACAGCACAGGAGACCCGUGACCGUGGUCGCUUUAUAGUUUUUAACAUAGAAACAUAAUUCAAAUGUGCAACACGAGACGCAUUGUAUUAUUUGUAAACAAGUGCUUUAUUUCACAACGGUCUAGGAACUGUUAGCUACUAAGCGAAUGUAGCGUUAGCAACGUAACAUGUUUCGGCUAGUUAGCCUUAGCUAACCUACCUGUGGAUAAACCAUACAGCCAACAGAUAACAUGGCAGAUUCGUCGCCGUUGUCGGGGGUUAACGUCGUCUUGGUCAUGGCUUAUGGAAGCUUGGUGUUUGUGUUGUUAUUUAUCUUCGGCAAAAGGCAAAUCAUGCGUUUCGCCGUGAGAUCCCGCCGCGGACCCCACGCACCGAUUGGUCACAACGCUCCCAAGGGUUUGAAAGAGGUCAUUGACUCUAGUCUGUCCAAAGUCCAGGAGAUCCUCUUCGAGCCUCGCCUCCUUUCAGAAGAAGACGAUAGAUUGAAGCAUGGAUCAAUGAUAAGUUGCUACAACUACCUGUACAGAAUGAAAGCCUUGGAUGCUAUCCGUGACUCUGGAAUUCCUCUGCAGGAGAUCAGCUGCAGCCCAAGUGCAUUCACUGGACGCAGCUUCAGGAACUGGCUGCAGGAGUUGCGGAACUCCCACUCUCUGAUCAAGAGCAGCAGCAGCGCUCUCAUCGAUCGUUUGCUUGAAGGAUACGACAGCGCUCGGCACGGGACCGGGGUGUUUGGAGAAGCCGAGUUUCUCGAAUACCAACAGGCUCUCAACGAACUAUCGGAUGUAGUGAAAGCCUAUUCCAAUACCAUCACCCUAAACCAGCAUCAUCAGUCAGCGGCCAAGGAUCUGACAGGCUCUCCUCUCCGGGGCACCGCAUCCACCAUCCAGGUCACCUACCUACCUUCCACUGGCCAGCGCAGCAAGAGGCCCAAACACUUUCUGGAGCUUAAAAGUUUCAAAGACAAUUACAACACACUGGAGAGCACUCUGUGAAAUGCUGCUGUCUCCUCACAGCAGCAUUAGUGCCGUGUUUAAUGUCAGCGUUGCCAUGCAUAAUGUUUUUCAUGUAACUUAGAAAAACACCUCAGUUAUAACACGCAAUAAAUUUAGCAUUACAUUUGUUUCUUGAAAUACAAAUGCCUUUCUUUAUAUUUUGGACCUAAUGAACAUGUGCAUAGGACAAAUAUGAUUGUAGCCAACCUGGCAAGUCAUUUUUUUCAAAGUCUGUUGCAUGUCACCUGGAUUCUGUUUUAUUCAAAAGCAGAAAUGCAAGUAUGAAUAAGCCUUGUGGUUUACUCAGAGUUUGUACAGGUGUAAGACAUUCAUAUGGACAAUGGUAACUUAUUUAAUUAGUAUUUAUGUGAGCUGUACAUUUUUGUGGUUUGAGAUUAAAAACGCAACUUCCCCCUAAA